AUGAGAUUUCUUGCACUGGCCAGCGGUGGAAAAGACAGUUUAUACGCUAUUCACUGUCUUCAACAAGAGGGGCAUCGAGCUGUAGGGCUGCUGCAUAUGAGAUGCAGUGAUGGGUAUCAGGAUUCCUUUAUGUAUCAAACUGUUGGGUCGGAAGUGGCCGAUGUACUCGGGGAGUGUCUGAACAUCCCUGUUUUUAUCUACCAGACCAAAUGCAGGAGUAUAAAUCAAAGCCUGGAGUACAAUAGAGAGGAAGGAGAUGAGGUUGAGGAUCUUUACACAGCUAUUAGCCGUGCCAAAGAAAAGGUAUACUUUGAGGGAGUAUCAUCAGGAGCAAUUUUAUCUAGAUACCAAAAGAGCAGAGUUGAGAAUGUAUGUAGUAGAUUGUUUCUUAAAUGCUUGUCUCCACUUUGGGAAAUGGACCAAAAGAGAUUGCUUUUGGACAUGAUAUCCAAUGGCAUGGAUGGAAGAAUAGUGAAAAUUGCAUCUUCUAUACUAGGAAAAGAGUGUAUAAAUAUGAGGAUAGAUGAGAUUUAUGAGUAUCUGGAGGCAGCGAAGGAGGAGGUCAAUUUCUGUGGAGAGGGGGGAGAAUACGAAACAAUUGUUCUUGACUGCCCAAUGUUCAAGAAGAGGAUCAAUAUAGAUGAAUAUGAAGUUAUCUCACAUCCCGAGGAAAUAGGAAAGGAGGGAUGUGUGUUCUAUAUGAAAAUUGUGAAGAUGAGCCUGGCAGAGAAACGGAGCAAUAGUUAG